AUGUCCAGAAAGAGCAGGGCCCUGGGGAUAGGCUGGAGCAGCUUCUCAGGUCUGCAGAUACUUGCCAUGUGGAGUGAAGACUCAGGGUCUGACUGCUACCAAAGAGGCCAUAGAAACAAGUCUGGGAAAGAAGAUACAGCAGAGCUGGAGAUCUUGGCUGUGAAAGUUCAUGAUGCUGGUGAAUAUUAUUGUAGAGCUAAUAAUGGUUGUGACUCCAUUGGGAAAAACAUGCUGAAUAUUUCUCUUCACUGUGUGGCCCAGAGAGGCUCUCCCCCAAUUCUGUACCAGUUUUACCACAAGGAUGUCAACCUGGGAAGCAGUUUGAUCCCCUCUCAAAAAGGAGCGUUCUUCAACCUUUCAGUGACUAUAGAACAGUUUGCAAAUUACUCUUGUGAAGCUGACAAGGCCUUGCGGCACAGUGAGGCGGUACUGCUCUUCCUUUCAGAUGGGCUGGUUGCUCCCCAAACAGGAGCAUGA